GAUCUCCCCAAGAGCUAAUCAUGGUGCUCGACAAACUCAAGAGCCUCAUGGCACACUGCGAGGUCUCCCCGACAGAGGUGAAUGGGUUAAGGAAGCAAAUGAAAGAGGCACAGGGAUUACUGGUGAAAGCACAAGAAGCUGAGAAAGUAGCAAAAGGUCUCCCAACCCCUGAUGACUUGAUAAGCAGCUUGAAAGACAUUGAAAAUAUUCAACGGCAAACCAGAGAUGACUUUACAAAGUUAAAUGGAACAAUAGAAGAAACUAAAACAAAAAUUGCAAAGGCUGCGAACCAAAUGAACAAGACGGUUGAUGAAUUAGUGGACUUUUCAGAAAAGCAGUCAGAGCUGGAAGAUGAAAUCGCUUCCUUGAAGACAAAAUUGCAGAUGAGCAGGGGCCACGUCACCAAUGCUAAAUCAGAGGCAGAAAAAGCACAGAAUCAAGCUGUAGCAACUAAUAAGGAAUUUGCUAAUCUUAAAAAAGAAUAUGCCAGUUUACAAGAAAAGCUCAAAGCCAAAGGCCUUCCAUUGGAAACCUUAGAGAAACUGAAUCGGUUGAAAAAUGAGGCUGAGAAACUGGCUAAAGAGACUGAAAAGAAAAUGAAAAGAAUAGCAGAUUUAGAAAAUAAGAUACAGGAGCUGAACCAGAUUAAACAAAACAAGGCUGAUCAGCUGAGACAACUGGAAGUUCAAGUCACAGCUAUCAAAGAUGAGAUUCUGCAGCAGUCAAAUAAAUAUGCUAUUUGCAAAAGUUAAAAGAGUCUAAUAAUCUAACAAUAUAACUGUAAAUGAGCAAAGAGCUUUCCACAACCACUUUGUA